AUGUAUGUCUAUCGCAACAGCGAUCUCCCUCCGGACCCUCACUUCCCGGCAAACCUUGAAAAACUGGGGUACACUAUCACAGCAGACGACAAGAUUCGCAGCAGCACCGACCUCACCGCGGAAUUCAAAUACAAGAUCAACAGAAAUGAUCGGUACAAUGUCAAAAACCGUGAAGCCAUGGAUGAAUGCAUCCGGCGAAUUGUCAUGAAUCGUCUGCAGGAGGCUGGCCUUGAGAUUUGGCGUCUUCCCUUUGCCAACGGCCCUCAAGAGUCGAAAGCACCCACCAACGAACCCCAUGUGCCAAUUCUAGUUUCUAAGAACCUGGUUAAGGCAGCCCGGGUCAUCGUGGUUUUCGGUGAGCCGAUCCAGGACCUGGGUAUCUGGGCCUAUCGCUCUAUUGGCGCAGACGGAAUCAACUUUGGCUCGGCUGUCAACUUCACCAAGAGUGUUCUUGGUGAUGCUACCGAAAACACAGACACGGCCCUUGUAAUUGCCAACACUGGUCAGUUGCUCUGGCACUGUGCCUCGUCUCGUGCUGUCACACAGCGGACCUGGGAGGCAGCAGACCGACCUGCUGGACCGUGGGGUCAAGCUACCAGGUCCUGGCGCAACAAGAUCCCCGGGAACAAGGACUGGCCGGAGCAUAUCCAGUACGUCUUUGAACAUGUCCUGUGGCCAUGGCUGAACGAGAAGAGCCGGAUCGACGUGAUCGGUUUGUCCGAGGGUGGACAGAGCGCUCUCGAGUACCUGCAAAAGCGAUGGGCCGUAUGGAAGCCAUACAUCUCGGGUAUCUGCCUCGGCAACCCGCUCCAGUCUACCGCAGUAGAUCUGGACAUGAGCACCCUGACCGACCCCCAGUCCUUCACUGCAUUCCUCGCCUCUCGUGGCCGCGCAUACGUCGUGUCUUCUGAUGAGGUUGGCAAGUUUCAGUCCGGAUACCGUGAACAUGGAUGCAACUGCUACGCUUCUGGGGAAGAGCUCAACGCUGAGUGUAUCAUGCCGCAUGCCUGGCGGGAUAUGCUGGUCUGGCUUAACAUGCUUUACCUGAAUCCCGGUUAUGCGGAGCAGGUCAUGAUUAGAGCCGAGGACAUGGAUGAGGAGACCCGCGAGGCACUUGAGAAUAUGACAGCCCCGGAUGAGAAAGAUGUGCAGGCUGAGGUUGUUACAAAGGACGAGGAAGUCAACCCAACUGAGACCAAACCAGCAGAGGCCCAGCAGGAGUAG